AUGGAGCUGAGACAAACUCAACUGUCCACCCCGCCUGCAGCAACAAGCGCCCCCCGGUGGCAGGAAGCCAAACUCCGCCCCCCGCGUGUCCCCAGCUCCCAGCCCAGGGACAGUGACCGGCCCCCAGGGACCGGCGGCUGCGGACAGGGGGUUCCGCUGAGCGAGUCUCCCGGCUCGGAGUCCGCGAGUCUUUCAGAGAGAGAGACGAUGUGGGAGGAGUUGUCUCCUGCUGAGGAGUCAGAGUCAGGCCUGGCCUCCCAGGAAACCCCAGUGACACAAAACAGAACAACCCACGUGCCCAUCCCCCCGCAGGCUGGAGAGAGCUGCACAAUCUGCCCUACAGGUUUGCUGUCUCGGUUGGAACCAAGGGCACGUCGCUGGGCAGUUCCGAGUGUGGGUCUCAAUCUCAUCCUGAGCAUCCUCCUCCUCAUCUUCAUCAUCGCACUGUCAGCAAAGAAACCUGAGCCGUGUCCAGCUUGUGCUGCCUGUCCAGUGGCUGCCUGCCCAGACGGCUGGGUCGGGUACCUGGGGAAGUGUUACUAUUUCUCACAGGCUGAAGGGAACUGGACCUACAGCCAGAGCCACUGCUCUGCCCUCGGUGCCUCCCUGGCGGCGAUUGACACCCAGCAGGAAGCGGAUUUCCUGAUGCGCCAUAAAGGACCCUCUCACCACUGGAUCGGUCUCCGGAGGGAACCGGGCCAGCCCUGGAUGUGGACCAAUGGCACCGAAUUCAACAACUGGUUUCCAAUAGUGGGAGGAGGCCUGUGUGCUUUUGCGGACAAUGGCGAAAUUGCCAGUUCAGGCUGCUCCAGGGAGGGACACUGGAUCUGCAGCAAAGCAGCAGAGAAACCAGCAGGCAGAGCAAAGUGACUGACCCUGGAUGCGUCGGGCCUUGUCCUGUCAGUGGGGCUGGCCCAGCUGCCUCAGCGCGUGGGGAACUGGACGGGGCUGGCGAAGGGGGACAGCCCAGCAGCAAGGAAGAGAGACGCUCGCUGAAGGACAUCAGGUAGCUCCUCCCCUUGGAGCCUCUGGCCCCCAUUGGCCCAUUGGGGACUGGGGUGAGGGUGCGGAUUGGCCAGCAGCCCCCAGCUCACUCUCUGGCACAGAGACAGGAACCUUUUGACUUGGAAAUCAGCAGGGGAGCAGCCAAGCUGCUGUGUCCCUCCUGUCAGGGGCCCAGGGCAGGAGCCUGGCCCGGGCUGUGGCUAGAGCCAAUGUACUGGCUGGGGCCAGCGGGAGGUGCUGUGACCCCUGCAGCCAUGGGGUGAAGGGGCCGGUGUGAACCCUGCAGCCAUGGGGCGAAGGGGCCGGUGUGAACCCUGCAGCCUGGGGCGAGGACACAUGAACUCUGCUGUACAGCGAGAAGGGCUGUUGUGCAGGCCCUGCUGAGCGCUGGGGGAGCGUGAAGAGACGCCGCGGCCAGGAGGGGAUUGCAGGGACGUGCUAGGACAGACGUGUGUGUGUAUAUACAUGUGUGUACAUAAUUAUUUGUAUAAUAAUACACCAGCUCCCAGAAGGGAAACUUUUAUUUUGUAAAC